GAUGGAGCAGAGCGUGCGCAGUGUGUGAAGGCGACUCUGCGACACUCCACGACUCUUUAUUGUUUUCAUUGUUGAUGAUUUGAGCAGACCGAUGAUUUGAGCAGCAGCUCCUGGAUUCUUCCUCUCUCUCUCUCUCUCUCUCUACGAUGGAGCAAGCUCUCAGAGUGAGAGCCGUACAGACGCGGCGAUCCCGUCAGCCCAUCCCCUUCCAGAAGCUCUCCUGGAGGAAAUCGCCGCUCACAAAAGCCUUCGUCGAGUCGUCGAUGUACGGGAUGCCGCCGCCGACGAUGACGACGCCGCCGACGAUGCCGACCGACGACGUGGCGCCGCAGUACAACUGGCGACCGUGCGAGAUGAACCCGGCGCUGGUGAUCAGAAAGAUUCUCGUACUGUUCGAGUAUCAUCGUCACGACGAGGUCGCGCACAUCAUACGCGCCAUCACCGACCAGACCCUGAAAGCCAUCGCCACAGAGCUGCCGAUCGCUCUCUUCAUUGACGGCGUUCCUCGUACGCUGCCCAUCAUAGACGCCGUCUACACGCGCGUGUUUCUCAGCGCUGGCGUGCAGCGAUUCCCCUUCAACCUCAUGCAGCCAGAGUCGGUCAUCAUGCAGCUGAUACGCCUCUUCGCCCACUCGGACGAACCUUCCGCGGGACAGCACAACGCAAAGUGGACAACGUCCGACGUCGCCGCAUGCAAGAACGUGCUGCGUAUUAUUGCACAGGUCGAUCCGAAGCUGCCGAAGAUGUUGAAGAGGAGGAAGAGGGCGUUGGAUAAGGCGCUCGAGGGGCUGGGAAUGCACGGCAUGGUGAUCACGCCCGAUCAGAACCUGCUAAAUCUACACGACGCGCUCAAGGUGGAGUUCACGAACGCCAUCAGGAACUACAGAGACGUUCUCGAGAAGUUGGGCGACCUCGAGCUGACCAAGGCGAAGAUGAAGACGCGAUCGAUCGGCAAGGGAACGCCACCAGUCGAAGCGAGCCACCAGCGACUACUCAAUCUCACUCACGGCGAGAUUACGGAGCGACUCACUAAGAACAAGAUCGUGUGGACGACCGUGGAGCCGGUGCUGUACGGCAGCAAGCUUCCUGCGCUGCUCAACACGCUCAAGGAACGCAUCGAGACCGACAAGGAGGCGAUCUACCAGUUCUCGCAGAUGCGCAAGGAGGCCGGUCAUCUGAGUCACAACACGAUCGUGGCGCCGAUACUGAUGCAGUACGCGCGCGGCUUCGACCGCAUACUGCUGCUGCUGUGCGAGGUGUGUGACGACAGUGUGUCCGGUUACCAUAGCGACUCCGACUCCGGCGGACUGAACAGCGGAUCGCGCAACACAUACCACAGCAUCGGGUUGAGCAAUGGCUCCAGAGGAAGCUCUGAGAAUCUACGCACGAUGGGGAGCAACGACUCGGGCCGCGGUAAUAGUCUGGAGGGUAGUACCUCCAAGCGGGAUGCUGUGGUCGGCUACUCAGGACCAUUAGGGAGCAGCAGUAACAGCUCUAAGGGUAUUCCGAGCGUAGCGGAGAGUUCUACAGACAGCCACUACAGUGCUGAGCUAGGCACACUAAAACAUCAGGUGCACGGACUGCGUCUAGAGCUGGUGAAGAGCAAGGAGGUGAUAGUGAAGCUGCAGCAGAAGGAGCAUGCGAUGAUCGAACGGUAAACUAUAGUACAUUAGACGCACGAUCAGUGGUGAUCGAUUCAUGAUACUCUCAGU